AUUUAAACUUUGUCAGAGAAUUACAAUUGUACAUUGUCAUUCAAAAGUGUUUAUUUGUGCAAUUUCUUUAAAUGGCGGGAGAAGUUAUAGUUGAUGCAUUACCAUAUAUUGACCAAGGAUACGAUGAACCUGGAGUUAGAGAAGCAGCUUUGGCCAUGGUUGAAGAAGAAACUCGUCGUUAUAGACCGACAAAAAACUAUUUAGAACAUUUGCCAUCGUUAAAUAUUACUGCUUUUGAGACAGAGGUGAUGAAACAUGAAUUUGAGCGAAUGCAAAACCGUUUACCUAUGGAAGUACUCAGUAUGAAGCGCUAUGAGUUACCUCCACCUCCACCAGGUAAAAUGAAUGAUCUUGCAGCGUGGAAUGAAAGUGUAAAAAAUAGCAGUGCACAAUUGGAACAUCAGGCUACCAGAAUCUGUAAUCUUGAGUUAAUGAUGGAAUAUGGAUGCGAAGCAUGGAAAUCUUAUUUGGAAGUAUUAGUACAACUAGUGAGUCAAGCCCAGAAACAGCUACAAGCAUUGAGGAAAAGAAUUCAAGAGGUUAAUUGGCAAAGAAAAUCUAUGCAAACUCAAGGUGGAGAAAAGUUAAGGGCAUUAGAAGCACAAUGGGUAGGACUAGUGUCAAAAAAUUAUGAGAUUGAACAAGCGUGUGUUCACUUAGAAGAAGAAAUACAGAAAUCUAUGAUGAAUAAGGGUGAGGGUGUAGAAAUCAAUGAUGUGCCGGGCGAGGAAGAACCUGACAUUCCAGAGAAAAGCGCAACUGAGGUUAUGGCAACAAAAAUGGAUCAGCAAGAACAACAAAAUCAAGAACCUUAAAAUAUAGUUCGUACAAUGCCGUAUGGAAUGUCAUGGUCUCGAUUUAUUUCCUUCAUUUCAUUAGCAUUUCUUACGACUGCGUCUGGCUCGCAAGCUGUGCAUCUUAUAUACAGGCCCCUUGACGAUUUAGAUGAUUUGAUAGAAGAGGCAUUUCAGAAAAGACUAUCAGAACUACAAGAUCAUAAAUAAUAUGUAAUUAAAUAUAUUGAUUCGGUUACUGCUAUUAA